AUGGUUUUUCAAUCGAAAUCGAACAAAUUUAACAUAAAACCAUAUCAUAAUAAUAAUCAUAAGAAGAAUCUACUCGAAAAUAAAAUAAUUAGAUUUAAAGCUGUCUCACUUAAAAAGUACUUUUUUAAAUACCCAGCAACUGAACCUUUGAAGCUUUCUUUAACAUUUGAGAAUAGGCAAAACAGAACAGUAGAGAUUAUUCCUCGAUAUUCUCCAUCUGAUAUUCAAUUGGAAAACGUAUCAGUUUCUACAGACGAAGUUGUAGAUCAACUGUUUGAUAUUUCUCAUUUACCUAUUGGUGAUUACAAAUUUUAUUUUAGAGUUUACACUAAUAACAGUUAUUAUUUUGAAUCAUUUAGAAGUUUUUCAAUUGGAUAUUCACCUAAAAUCAAUGUGUCUGAUAUAGAAUUUAGUCCAUUAGAGGUUAGAGAAGACAUUGACACAAGAUUGAAUGUAUCCUUUGUUUUGUCAAUUCCGGAAAAGUCAGGAACUAACUUACAGGUAAACUUUUACUUCAAUGAUAAUCAUGGAAUUAAUUCUAAUGAAUUUGCAUAUUUCCCUCGAAUCUACAAUUAUUCAAUAAAUUUCAGUAACAUUUACUAUCUAGACAAGAAAUAUUUACUAGACGGCAUUAAUUAUGUUUACUUUUAUCCAAAACAAGGUGAUCGUUGUGGCGAGUUUGUCAAUGCUUCAUUCAAAUACAUUAUGAAGAAACCAAUUCUCAAUAUAAUUACACCUGACAAUCAAGUGUUCAAAAAGAAUGAUGAUACAAAAUUCAAUUUAGAAGAAACAAUAAAAUGCGAUUAUGAAUGUGAUAAUGUUAGCCUUUUCUAUCAAAUUGAUGAAUAUGAAGUUAAAACAAUAGUAAAGAAUAUUCCGAUGCAACCAGAUAUAGCUAUUGAAGGUAAUCAUGGUGUCGAAUUCCCUUCAGAUUUGACAGAAGGUAACAAUCAUUCUAUUAGAAUAUGGGUAACAGACGGUUUCAACAGAACGUCAAUGGUCACAAAAAACUUCUCUUAUUUAUUCGAUUAUCCCACCAUUGAAGUUUUACCAUUAUCUAAAGAUUCAUACACUGAUUUUGCUGAUGAUAUCAUCAAUGUCACAGGAUUUGUUUCACAUCCUUACCACACUGGCCAACUUUCUGUUUUUCACAGGAUUGAUGAUAAAUCAGAAAUUAGCGCGACAUCAUCACCAAUCCAAGUAGAAAGUUCAAAUGAAAAACAUCAAUUCAACUUCACAUUUCAAAUUCCAUCAAUUACUGAGGAAGGACUACACAUUAUCACAAUUUGGGCACAAGAUGAGAGAGGAGUGAAAUCAAAUAUUCAAAAUUUUAUUUUCGGAUUUGAACAUAAUUCACCUCCUGAGAUAGUUUCAUUUGAUAUUUCUCCUCUAGAAUUCUUCAAAAAUGGAUUAACUCCAAUGGAAAUCAAUGUUCGUAUUGGAGAUAUAAAUGGUGCAAAAAAUGCCGUAAUUAUGUACAAAUUUGAAGAUGGAGAAUAUAAAAAUCUAAAACCAAUUAAAAUCGAACAAUCAUCUGCAAAAACAAAAACAAUGGAAAUCUAUGUUCCGAAUUAUCUUCAUGAAGGAAAUAAUACCAUUUAUUUAAUUGUAAGUGAUGGAAACAAAAAUAGUACCGAAGUAAAUAAGACAUUCGAAUUUAAAUUCAAUCCUCCAAUUCUUAAUAUCACAACAGCUGAUAAUCAAGUACUAUGGAAGAACACAAGCAAAGAGUUUCAUUUUGUAGGAAAUCUCAAAGAUGAUGAUGCAAACGGAAAUGUUACAAUUUUCUAUCAAUUCGAUGGUGAACAACCAAAACAAGCAAAUACUUAUAAUAUUACAGACAAUAAAAUUCAUGAUAUAUCUUAUAACGCCACAUUUCCAUCAAAUUUCUCAGAAAAUAACCAUCACCGUAUAACAAUAUGGGCAAUAGACGAAACAAAUAAAAUCUCAGAAAAUUAUAUAUUACACUUUUCAUAUCUAUUUAACGAUCCAAUUCUUAAUCUCAUAUCACCAGACAAACAAGCGUUUAAAAAGAAUAUAUAG